UUUUUUUUUUUAUCUUCUUUUUCUUCCGUCCUUGUCUUGCUGUUCCGACACGGGGGAAAAUGUUUUCUGCAUGCAAUGCUUUAAAUCUUGGGUGCUGAGUGUUGGUGCUCCGGCCACAUCCACUGAGAAAUAGCUCUACGUGCUUACGGACGCUCUUGGUAUUUUUUUGUACCUCCCUUUCUCUCUCUUCCUCUUCAGCAGAUUCUUUGCGAGCACACUUGUUAUCAUCCCCAGCCUUUUGCUUGUUUCGGGCUCUUCUUUUUUUUUUUUUUUUUUUCCUUUUAUCAUGGCUUGUUUUGGUGUGGUUUUGGUUUUGGUGCUUUUCUCUGAUCUCGCAGUGCUUCUCUGGUGUCGGAGGCUACACGCCUCCGCUGGCGCAAAAAUAACAGUUUUGAUUUUCAUCUUUGAGGAUUUUGCUUUUCUAAUAGCAGGCAGAGCUGCAGGACUAGGAUGACUGGGAAGACCCAGACCAGCAACGUGACCAACAAGAAUGACCCGCGCUCCCUCAACUCCCGAGUCUUCAUCGGCAACCUCAACACGGCUGUGGUGACCAAGGCCGACAUCGAGGCCAUCUUCGCCAAGUACGGAAAGAUAGUGGGCUGCUCGGUGCACAAGGGCUACGCCUUCGUUCAGUACGCCAGCGAGAGGAACGCGAGGGCGGCCGUCGCCGGGGAGAACACCAGGGUGAUCGCUGGACAGUCACUAGAUAUCAACAUGGCAGGAGAACCAAAGCCAUACAGGCCAAAGAUGGGCUCCAAGAGGCCCCUUUCAUCCCUAUACAGUGGCUACGAGUUUGACUAUGAUUACUACAGAGAUGAUUUCUACAGCAGACUCUUUGAAUACCACGGCCGCGUUGUGCCCCCGACCAGAGCUGUGAUCCCCAUCAAACGUUCGCGGCUAGUUGUCCCUUCUACACGCAGAGCCAAAUCCUCCUUUCCAGUCAGGGCCUGUUCUUCCUCCUCCUCAUCCUCAUCUUUGUCCACCCGGGCGAUCAAUGCUGGCGCCUCCGUCACUGGCCCUAAACUCAAGACGGACCAACUCCUAACAAUAAAGAAGGAGCUGUCACAGAUCAAGACCAAGAUCGACUCAUUGCUGGGAAGGCUGGAUAAGAUUGAGAGGCAACAUCGCUCCGACGCUGAGAUGCAGAGGAAACAGGAGGAGGUGUGCGAGUGUCUCCAUGGUGACGCUGCAGACCACUCUGGCGGAGAGGAAGCAGAGGGGACGGCCGAGGUGGAGGCGGGUGAGAUGACGGACGGCGGUGAAGACGACUUUGAAGAUGAAGGCACCAGCGACAUGAUAGAGAACCACAUAUCAGACAUUGACAACUGAGUAAGUUGGGGGUGAAAAGAAGCCGACAGUACAAGAAGUUGGGAGAACAAAUACCAGCAAAACCUUCUUGAUCAAGGAGGUGUCCUUAAGGGAAAGUAAUGAGUGAAGUGACUGACACCAGACUUUUUUUCGAGCUUGUUUUGUGCUUGUUUGUUGCUCAUUUGCCUCAUUAUAACAUGACACUCCUGACGCUUCAUCUAAAUGCUGGGUAUAAAUACACUCCGGUCUACUUUGAGAUCAACUACAAGGAGCAAUCAAUGAUUCCCCCUCAAACUGAUUGCCUUUCUGCAAAACAUGGACAAUACAGUAUAUUGUGUGCUUAAUAUAUUAUGGUCUGUAUUGUGCAUAAAAAUACAGUUACGUGAUCAAUCUGAUUAAAAUUGUCUACUUUAUAUCUUUGUUGUACCACAAAUGUAUGUUUCUGUGCAUUGGAAAAACUGUGAAGAGCCACAAUGCUGGCUGAAAGCUGAAUGUGAAUGUAAGAUAACACAUCUUCUUUGACACCUGCUUUAUUUAUUAGGACAUUUUGAUGAAAUGUACACUGUAAUUUCUUCACAAUGUCUCCACACUGUUGUACACAUAUCACGUUUGUUAUUUGUUCUACAUGCUGAGAUCCAUUUCUGUAUAUUAUGUUUAUGGUAGUCGAACAAUGACUAAAUUAUGCUGCCAGCAUGAUAAAAAAAAAUGUGGCUAUUAUGGAUCAUUUGUAUUCAUUGCAUCCAUUGUACAGCCAUGGAUGAUAAGAAUUUUUUGACAUAAACCUACUCCCAACCCCCACUGAA